CCGGAAGGAGCUGACGCGAGCUGGGACCUCGGCAGCCAUCGCGCUUUGCAGUUCGAACUAGGAGGGCGUAAAGCCGACGCCGAGCGAGGAAUUGCGAUCUCUCCAGUAGCAGACUCUGUAAGAUUUGGAUAUGUCCUUCAUAUUUGACUGGAUUUACAGUGGUUUCAGCAGUGUGCUACAGUUUUUAGGAUUAUAUAAGAAAACGGGUAAAUUAGUAUUUCUUGGAUUGGAUAAUGCAGGAAAAACAACAUUGCUACACAUGCUAAAAGAUGACAGACUUGGACAACAUGUCCCAACGUUACAUCCCACUUCCGAAGAACUAACCAUUGCCGGCAUGACUUUUACAACUUUUGAUCUGGGUGGACAUGUUCAAGCUCGAAGAGUGUGGAAAAACUACCUUCCUGCUAUCAAUGGCAUUGUAUUUCUGGUGGAUUGUGCAGACCAUGAAAGGCUGUUAGAAUCAAAAGAAGAACUUGAUUCACUAAUGACAGAUGAAACCAUUGCUAACGUGCCAAUACUGAUUCUUGGGAAUAAGAUUGACAGACCUGAAGCCAUCAGUGAAGAGAGGUUGCGAGAGAUGUUUGGUUUAUAUGGUCAGACAACAGGAAAGGGCAGUGUAUCUCUGAAAGAACUGAACGCCCGACCCUUAGAAGUUUUCAUGUGCAGUGUGCUUAAAAGGCAAGGUUACGGCGAAGGUUUCCGCUGGAUGGCCCAGUACAUUGAUUAACGACGACCCACAUCGGUUCCAGGUCUCACCAUUCAGGCCUACUCAGAGAUUUGCUCACUCAACUUGCAUAACUUGAAUUCAAUAGACUUUUGUUGGUUAGAAAACAGAUGUUUUUUAGAUUAUUAAUAUUAUAUCAAGUUAAUUUGAGUGCAAAUUAAAAACCAAUUCAAUGUAAGUUUGAAUAUCACAAUGUUAGCUUUCUAAUUCCAUAAAAAUUAGUUUUUACAGUUUAUAAUCUGCCAUUACCCCGAGCGCCAUUUGUAAAGAACUUUCCAGCAGUACAUUUGAAGCACUUUUUAACAAUGUGAAACUACAAAUAUAAACCAUAUCUAAAAGCUCAUCGUGUUAAAUUUUUAUGUACUAUUUUGGAACUAGUUUUUAAAUUUUGAUUAUAUGUCCACCUCUCUUAAGUAUAUAGUUAAUAAUUAGCUUAUUGAUGAUUGCAUGAUGCCUUACAGUUUUCAAUAUUUUUUCGUAUGCAAACGUCAUGCAAUAAAACAACCCCUAAUGUUUGGCAUCUGUUGGGCAGAUGUUUCAUUUUAAUAUGUCGUAUCCAGCUAGUAUGCUCUAAAAAUUGUGAGUAAUGUCAUACAUAGGAGGAAGCUGUGGGGAAAGAAGAAUGCUUCAGAAUUUUUAGAAGUGUUUAAGUCCUUAGAGGCUUUUGCGUUUACCAGGAGACAGGUUGUGUUCAGUUGCACCUUAUACCACAUUUAUCUCUGAAUCAUGUGUAUUUUUAACAGUAAUGCUACCGUUAGUAGUGCUGAUGGGGCCCAUGUCCUAGUUGCCGUGGGAUCGGCCUUCUGAAGAAAAGCACACCUUCCGGUACAACACAAGGUUAAUCUGGGGUAUGACAGGCCCUAUGGCUCCAUUCUAGUCUAAUUCUGAAGCUUCCAAACUUCUUGGUGCCCAGUUUGGUGAUUUGUGCCUUUUCACCAAAAGCAGUGACAGGCACCAGGCUCCCCAUGUCUAGAGGUACUCCCCAGUCCCUUUACAUAAUGGUAUUCUCAGGGCGGGCCACAAGCAGGAUCUUGCAUGUAGUUUCAUUGUGGAGGCCUGCAGGUGCAAGGAAAAAGAAAGCCUCUUCCACUUCAGUUGUCAGAGAUGAGUGGGGACUCUGGGCCUAUGCUAUAGCUCUUCUACAUUGUUUGGCACAUUUUAUUUCUCAGUAGAAAUAAAUGAAUGCUUGUAUUUAAUUUUCAUUUAUAUUAAUUGCUUUCCGCUCUUUAUAGCACAGAGGCUUUUGUUUUUAGAGGUAGUUCUUGCGGUACGAUAGUGUCUGCAAGUCUGAUAAACUUAAUAGCAAAAUUUUAGUUAGCUUUUUAAAUCACUUUAAUUUUCUAACUGAGGUUCCCCCCCCCGAGAUUCUCAUCUUACUGAAAUAAGCUGAAAGUGCCAAAUAUGUAUUUUUAAAGACUCCCAAACUUAAGAUAGUCCUUUUUUGGUUAUAAACCAAGAUUUUAUAGUCUAUUUAACCAGUCUCCUUGAGAAUAGAUUGCUCCAGUUCCAUCAAGAAUAAUUUUAAUAUCUUUUCCAAAUCAUGUAUUAUAGUCCUUUUUUGUCAUCAAUAGGAUAACAUAUGAGGUAGAUAGAUGAGGAUUGGGGAAUAUGACUGGAAGGAGUGACCAGAUAACUAAACCAACAAGAUCAUUCGACACAUUUGGUUUUAGUAAUUUGGCUCUUCCAUUUCACUCUAAGCUUCCUUCCAAAAGAAAAAGACAAGUUUCUUCCCUGCUUUGAAUCAUCAGUGGCACCAUGGGAAAAGUACAAAGUACUGUUGGCUUAUUCUGCCACCUGUGUACUUUGAGGGGUGCAUGGGUGGCUCGUUGAGUAGAGCAUGUGACUCUUGAUCUCUGGGUUGUGGGUUCAAGCCCCAUGUUGGGUGUAGAGCUUGCUUAAAUAAUUUAGUAAAUAGAGUACUCAACUUCAGGUGUCCUGACUAAACAAAAGGAGGCCUUAUUAAAAGUAAAUGCCUCUCAUUUUUGGUAUCUGUCUUCAGCACCAACAAGGAUAGGCCUUUUCUUCAAGUAUUUCCUUAUAUUGUGUUACUGAAGUCAGUUACCUGUAUCAUAAACCGGUAUAAAGGAAAAAGCUUACUGGUUUCUCUAAAGAGGAAAAAUGCUUUCCGGUACCAGAUAAUCUUGUCCCAGAAUUCUAAUUCUAGUUCUGACACUGGGAUCAAAGAAAUAAGUCACUUUGUGGACCACAGCUCAACUGUGGGUAUUUUUCCAUUAAUGUAAGAUUCUUAUGGUAUGAACAUCCAGAAAUGAAGUUGCGCUUGGCAGCACCCAGCUUUCCUGCAGCUCCAGGGAGAUGGGCCUGCAGAGGCUCCAAGCCAUUGGGCUUAACCCUCUCCCUCUUCCAGCUCCUCACACUGCUCCCCUUCAAGAGAAGCAAAUUAAGAGAAGGGCAAAAAACAGAAGCACAUGGGGAAACCUGUACUGUGCAUGUGUCUGUGCAAGUGGGCCCACCUGUGGAGUAUUCCGGGGACAUAGGUUACUGUUGUACCUUACACUGUAAGGUGUGAAGUGUAAUUGUUAACACUGACAUGUACAAGAUUGAAUUCCAUAGAAAUGAGGCACUGCUCAAAAGAGGUUUUAAAAUCUAAAACUCUACAAGACUCUAAAAUACUCUCAGCCCACUUUUUCAUUAGUGAAAUUCUGAACCCCAUACCUGCUUCAGUGACUGCUGUUAAUUAUGUGUUCAAAUAGCUUUUUAAAUUUAUUCCAGUUUGUCUUUCUCUCUUAUUUUUAGAAUGGAGAUCCCAGCAUUUUCAAAAAUUGGGGCAAAACAUUUUCUAAAGUAUAUGAAAAAAUAUUCUUCACCAUUGGCUUGACUGACCCAGUAUCUUUGAGUGCCAAAGACGUAUGAAUUCAGAUACUGCCUACAUAGAUGUCAAUUUUAGUUUCAUAUGUACAGAUUUAAUGUGGUUUACAGUGUUGUUUCUUGUUAGUUUCCAGUGGGCUCACACUUCUUUACAGUGCUUUCCAGAACGUCAGCUACUUAUAAAUCAUUAACAUAGGGUAACAGCCACAAUAGUGUUGGUUGCCUUCUGCAAAAUGACUUUAUCAGCCACAUUCAAAACCCAGCAUUUUCACAAGUUCCAUCGUUAAAAGAAGAAUUCUAGUUGGUAGGAUUUGAGAGUUUCAGGAGAAAGGUUUACUGCUCUGAAGCUGCACUGGUUGGGACUCAGUGCAGCAUUUCAGUCUUAAUAGUCACGUGAUGAAAGUUUGCAAGGCUUUACUGCCACCUAUGUUUUGACCGGUGUACAAUGAGAAUAGCUAAUGUCAGGUGAACUCUUUCAAGGUAUCUUGUGCUCAUUUUAUUUAGAGUAUACUGUUUGGAUCCCUUUACACCUAGGUAAAAGUUGGUGAAGCUACAAAAAAACCUCCAAGAAAGCAUGAAAAAAAUAGAGGUUGGCAAAUAUAAAUUCCUUAAUGCAAAAUUAACAGAGGAUUAAAUGUUUUCUAUAAACAUUUUUUUGUUGUCAGUGUAAGAGUUCAGAAAACACUAUCAGUUGAGGUCUAAAUACUCAAAACUACAUGGUGAUUCUUCCAUCGCUGUUCUUUUGAAAUGCAACUUAGUGCUUUUAAACACAACAACAACAAGAAGCAAUCAAGAAUUAAUGGGUCUUAGAAUAUGGGACUGUGCCUCUGUAUAAAGUGAUAGGGAUUUUGUUAAACACCAGGUCUCUGCUCCUGACCCUGGAACCCUCCCCCCUCACACACGCACACACCAUACCUGCAGCAGGGAAUCUGCGGGGCCUGGUGAAGAUGCAGUUCUGAACCGGCGAAUUUUUGUCCUCGUCCUUUAGAACAUUAAAUAACUAAUGCAUUUAAUACCACUGAUAGAUUGUUCAGGGCUUUGACCUCACUUUUAAAUAGAAUCAAAACUAAUUCAAGUAGAGUCAGCAAAUUUAUCCGAGAUAAACUUUGUUUCAGGAGUGUCCCCAACCAAAUAGAUUUUAGGGUAGAAUUUUGCGUGAUUUCACAGAGAAGUAUUUUUAGAAAAGCUGUACUGGAGUGGCUGAAUUCUUCAGCAUACAUCUUAAAUGGGGAAGGGAGGAUUUAACUUCAGUUUUAGAUAUUUCAGGGGGUGACACAGGGGGGUGAUAGUUCUACAGCUUUUGACAUACAAGUUGCCUUUGGAAUUGUGGUCAUUAUCAAGCGUAAAGAUUCACAUCACAAUGGCCAACUUCACGUGGGUUUCUCUGUUCCCUGGUGCUGCUCCUAACCUGAACUCAUCAUCAGCUGUCAUGCUGAGGCCAGAGCGCUCAGGGUGAAUGUCGUCAGGUUCCUUAAAAGUGAUCAAAGUGUUUUCCAUGGUGAGGCCUUCAGUAUUUGACUGAAUGCAGAGUAUGUUGAAGUGGUAAGUCAGUGAGAAGUUUUUCAUCACUAACCUUGUUUGCACUUUUGUACACCACUGCUUGCACUAGCAUCUCAGUGUGAACUUUAACAAUGGUUUUAUAGUGUAUACAGAUUGUUAAGCAUAAUUUAUAUAAAGAUGUUUGUUUACCUUUAUGUAUUUUACAAAGAACAGCUGCAGUAGAUAGCUAAAUGUUCUUGAAUUUUGUUUGUAUGUUAUUUUGAUUAUGUUCUAUUAUCAUUCACCCCCUAUGAAUUUGAGUGUCGGGAAUAGAAAAAUAAAAUGCUAACCUGGUCUUUGAAAAA